AGAUCAGUCAGUCAUCAGUGGCAAUUGGCAAGAGGAAGGCAGGCGUGAGGGAAAACCGGCGAAUAGAGAUCGACAGGAGAAGGCGUAGUUCGGCGGUACAGCGAUUACACAAUUGGAGACGGAUCGGCGAAUUAAUAAGGGACGGGCUCUCGUCCCCUUCCCCUAGUACUUCAUCGAGGUAGGCAGACACCGGAGAGAGAAGAGUACGGGCAAGAGUGAGUUGAGAUUUUUUGAUCAUAGGAUUUGGAACGAAUUGCACACCUUACAAUUUCAGAAAAUAUUACAUGCGAUCCCUUUUUCAAAAAGAAAUAAAUACUUAUUUUUAAAAAAAAAAAAUUUAAUUUAAAAAUUAUGAGCUAACGUAAAUAUUUUUUUUAUUUGAUAGAUUCUUUUGAGAUAAAUUUUUUUUUAAUAUGGUGUAAAAAAAUUAUUUUUUAUUUACAUUAUUUUUGAAUUCAAAAAUAUAAAAUAAAUACUAUUUUUUAAGAAAAUAUUUUGAAAUGACUAUAAGUAUAUUUUCUUAUAUUUUGGUGUAGUUUUGAAUGGGUCGCACGUAGCUGUGAUCCCGGCAUAUACAAAAUGGUGAAGAAUGUAUCAACAGCUGGGAUCACCCCUAAAGUAUGAUCGGACGUUUCGGGGGAGUAUUUGAGAGGCAAGCAAAGUUUUGUGCCUCUUUCUCGUGUGCCAAAGAAAGAAGACAUGCCCAUCACGGCAUCACCACUUGAAGGCCUUGUAUUUUUUGGGGAUUUCUCUUAAUUCGACAUUCCAAGUUUAUCAAUGAUGUGUCACUAUUGAUGUGGCACUCCAAACCGCGUGGAGGUGGCCACAGCCGCAACUUCCUCGAGUUGACCUCAAGUCGUCAAUUUCCAAUGCAUUCUCUCUCUCUCACACAGGUGAGAGGGCUCCUAAUUCCCAUCUCCAUUGUUACUAGCAAAUUCAUUCUCUGAACAUGGCAGCUCAAGCGGAAGCCUCGUACAAUGCAACCCGUAAUGGUGCGAUUCACUCGGAGGGAUCUUGUCGUCUCUUUUCACUGGAUGAGGUACGAACAGCCACUAACAACUUUGAUGAUGCAUUAGUCAUUGGGAACGGGGGAUUCGGUAAAGUAUAUAGAGGCUUGAUUAGUUAUUUGGAAUGGGGAACGGGGGAGCUUCGUACUAUGGCUGCUGCCAUAAAGCGGUUGAAUGCUGAAUCCAAACAAGGCGCAGGAGAGUUCUGGACCGAGGUCGAGAUGCUUUCAAAGCUCCGGCAUACUCAUCUUGUUUCGUUGAUCGGCUACUGCAAUGAACUUCCGGAGAUGAUCCUUGUUUACGAAUAUAUAGCUCGAGGGACCCUCGCCAAUCAUCUUUAUAAGCUAAGUGCAACAGGAAGUGGUAAGAGUGUUUCUCCUCUCACGAUGGAAGAAAGGCUUUGUAUUUGUAUUGGUGCUGCCCGAGGACUAAACUACCUUCAUGCUGAUACCGAUCAAAGUUUCAUACACCGAGAUGUGAAGACCACGAAUAUUCUACUGGAUGAUAACUGGGUAGCUAAGAUUUGCGAUUUCGGGUUGUCAAAAGGGACUACAAGUCAUUCAAUAACCCAUGUUAGCACGGAUGUGAAAGGCACAUUCGGGUAUUUGGAUCCAGAGUAUUUCCUAACCCAGAGACUAACCACGAAAUCUGAUGUGUAUGCCUUUGGUGUGGUAUUAUUGGAAGUGCUAUGUGGGAGGCCGCCUGUGGAUAGAAGAGUGGUGGAGGAGCCAAUCAGUUUAGUCCAAUGGGCUCAACAUUGCAUCAAAAAGGGAAAACUUAACAGAGUAAUUGAUCCCUCUCUCAGUGGACAAAUAGCACCGCGUUGUCUGAAGUCUCUUGUUGAACUUGCUAACAAAUGUUUGCAUAAAGAUCGAAAAUCACGGCCAACGAUGGCUGAAGUGUUGGGCAGCCUUGAGCUUGCAUUGGUAUCCCAACAGAAAGGAAGAACAGAGGGAAUAAUCACCAGGGCAUUUCAAACUAUGGAUCGGUGGUUGAGGGAUAGGAAGGACAAUGGUUCCUCAAUGGGACAAUCAAAGGUAGAUGUGACUUGGGAAUCAGAUGAAAACGGUGUCACCCACUCUAACAGUCAUUAUUCAUUCUUUGAGGAAGGACUUCGGUUGAGGGAGAGGAACGGCAAUGGUUCCUCAGGGAAAGAAGCAAGUGAAGUGAUUCGGGAAAUAGACGAAAACAGUGACUCGUUCAGUCGUUCUUCACUUAUUGAGGAAGGACAUCGGAUGUUAGAGGGCGCAGAUGUUUUUUCAGACAGGGCUGAGGCGAAUAUAAGCCCUAAUUCACCUGAGUUUGCUUCUUUUGGUUCAGAAGAGGGCCCUGGGAUAGAGGAUUUCCAAAUUAUUGGCGAGGCUAAACCGGGGUACCAACUUCUAGGAUGCGGAUUUCCUGUUUGUGGAGCUUCUCUCUGCAUGUUCCAGUGGGUUUAUCAUCUUCGGGAUGGAACAAGGCAGUACAUAGAGGGAGCUAUAAAUCCAGAAUAUGUUGUCGCCACCGAUGAUAUGGAUAAACUUAUAGCCGUUGAGUGUAUACCAAUGGAUGACCGAGGCCUUCAGGGGGACCUAGUGCGGCUUAUUGCCAAUGGUCAAAACAUAAUUUCAUGUGACUCGGAUAUGCAAUUGGAAAUUGACACAUAUAUCUCUAAAGGCGAUGCUACAUUUAGCAUUCUGCUGCUGAUGGAUUCUUCGGAGUUUUGGGAGCCAACAACUCUCAUUUUGAAACGGUCAGGCUACCAAAUCAAGGAUAACAAUUCCCAAGAUACUUUAAUUGCAGAGAAAUUCUCUAAAGAUAUAUCGAUGAAAAUUCCUAUUGGGCUCUCUACUCAGUUUGUUUUAACAUGCUCAACUGGCUCUUCACAUCUGCUCAACAUGUAUAACGAUGUUCGUAUGCGUGAUACUCUUGUAUUGACCAUGAGAAUGUUCCAAAGCAAGGCGUUGGAUGAAAAGGGGAAAGGAAUAGCGUAAACCCUCCUUUUUUCUUAUUUAGGCACUGUAUGUAUCAUCAGUCAUUAUUCAUUUUUUGUAGAAUGUAAAGCAAACAAUAAAUUUGUAUAAGGUUCAUAGAUUUGUUAGUCGGAAAACAGCAAAUCCCUUCUUUGUUUUACCCCCUCUGUGAUUGUAACUGUGUUGGAAGUGAUCAACUCUAGACUGAAUUGCUUGUUUUGUCUUAGUUGAUAAUUUCUGUCAGGUUUUCUUUGCAGAGGUAUUGAUCCCUGCAUUCGUGCUAUAUAGUUAUAAGUUACGUAAGAGC